AUGUCGAGCUCAGAAGGUACCGGGAAAACGCCGGCCAGACUGCCGCUGGCUCGGAUAAAACGCAUUGUGAAGCAAGAUCAGGACAUUGCGAUGAUUUCUACAGCAGCAGUACAGACCCUUUCCGCAGCAGUGCAGGUUUUCGUCGGCCACUUUACAGAGCAGGCUCUGUUUGAAGCACGGUCGAAUGGACGGACGCGAUUGACGUAUGCGGAUUUCGCAGGUGCAGUAGCGCACCAGGAUGAACUUGACUUUCUUUCCUCGAUAGUGCCGCAAACGAUGAGCUACGCACAGAUCAAGCAGAAGCGCGACCAGGUUGGGUUCGACGAGCCGGCAGACGCAGAGCCGUUCGAGCCGCAGCCCGAGGAACAGGAGCCCGAGGGCCCAGAAGAGGGUACUGAGUAA